AUGGCCCUCAUCUCCGUCCCCCUGCUGCUCGGAGCGGCGAUCCUCGCCACCGUCCUCACGGCCAUCCGCCGCCUCGUGUCGGCCGGUGCCGCCGUGCCCGGCCCGCGCCUCAACGUGCUGUCGUCCCUGCCGCUCAAGUACCACGAGUUCCGCGGCCAGCGCACGCGGUAUGUCCACGGCCUGCACCGCCGCUACGGCAGCGUCGUGCGGCUCGCGCCCAACGAGGUCGCGUUCGCGUCGCUGCCGGCGCUCAAGGAAAUCUACCUGUCCAACGGCAGCGGCUACGACAAGACCGAGUUCUACCACCUGUUCCGGCAGUACGGCACGCCCACCAUGUUCUCGACGCUCGACAAGCAGACGCACAGCCGCCGCCGCCGCAUCCUGGCGGACCGCUACGCCAACUCCAGCGUCGUCAAGGAGGACGCGCUGCAGGGCCUCCGGGCGCGGGCGGCGCAUUUCACCGAGCGCGCGGCAGCGGCCCCGCACGGCGUGCUCGACACGUACAUUGCGCUGCACAGCUACGCCUUUGAUGGCGUGACGCACCACCUGUUCCACCCGCACGGCAGCGACGCCCUGCGCGACGCCGCCGACGAGGCCAUUAUGCGCGAGGUGUCGUUUGACAACAGCCUGGCCCGCCGCCUGCUCGAGUACUACAACCGGCCGCUCGAGCGCGUCGCCGACGCCCUGGGCCUGCUUCCGCCGCAGCGGUCCAUCCCGCGCGCCAAGCAGAUUGUGCUGGACGCCGUCGACUCGUCGUUGGCGGCCGUGGGCGACAGCCGUGCCGCCGGCGACGAGCACGGCGACUCCAAGGCGGAGGGCGCGGCGGCCGCCACCUUCACGCUGCUGGCCCGCCUGCAGGACCCGUCGCUCGGCCUCACGCGCAUGCAAAUGGCCGCCGAGUGCAUGGACCACAUGGCUGCCGGCAUCGAGACCACCGGCGACGUGCUCUGCUGGCUGAUGUGGCAGCUGUCGCUGCCCGCGAGCCAGGCCAUGCAGACCCGCCUGUACCAGGAACUCCAGGGUGCGAGCCCGGCCCCGUCAUCGUACGACAGCCUGCCCUAUCUCCAUGCCGUCCUCAAAGAGGGGCUGCGCGUCUUCCCCUCCAUCCCCAUGAGCUUGCCGCGGUACGUCCCCGCCGGCGGCCGCGAAGUCGACGGCACCUGGCUGCCCGCCGGCACCAUUGUGAGCUGCCAGCCAUACACGAUGCACCGCUUCGACGAGGCUGUCUUUUCGCGGCCGGACGCCUUUGACCCGGAGCGGUGGCUGGGUGCGGACGCAGAGCUUGAUGCCGAGAUGAACCGCCGCUUUUUUGCCUUCUCCAACGGCGGCCGCGGCUGUCUCGGCCGCCACCUGGCCAUGGCCGAGAUGAAGCUGCUGCUGCGCGAUGUCUACAGCCAGUUCCAGACCGUGCUGGCCGGCACCGACGGGAAGCCGCCCGCCGACAUGUCCAUGUCCGAUCAGAUCAUCUCGUCGCGGCCCAAGGGCCAGUCGUGUCUGCUCAAGUUCAUUCCGAGGGAGCCAGCCAAAGAGAGCUUGUAG